GCUUUUAAUUAAGUGUAUUAAUCAAUUUCAGUGCAUUUUUGUCAAAAUUUUGUUUUUGUCAGACUAUAUAUUUCACUGUGUAUUUAUUUAAUGACUUAAUUACUUGUUAUUUUAUACCCAGUGUAUGUUUUUUUUCCGAGUACGGUUUUAUGGCCAAAGUCGAGAGUUCAAAACAGGCUUCCUGCUCUCCGUAGCUUCAGCCGGCUACGUUGGCAACAUGGCGUCCUCAGAUGUCCACGUCCGUAUAUGUGAACAAGAAAUACUCAAGUAUGACUUGGAAAUCAAAGCUCUCAUCCAGGAUAUUAAUGAGUGCACAGGCCCUCAAAGCAAGCUGACGGAGCUGAACGCUGACGUGAAAAAGAGUUUCCACAAUCUCAGAUUGCGGAUUCAGGAUUUAGAGCAGAUGGCAAUGGAGCAGGACAAAGAGUCAGACAAGCAAGCCAUGGUCGCUCAGGUAGACGGACACAGAAAACAGAUGCUGAGUAACCAAACAGUUUGGAGGAAAGCCAACCUGGCCAGCAAACUGUCCAUAGACAAUAUGGAAAAGCAGGCACUUCUCAAUGGAGAAGAUAGUGCUAUGAGGCAGAGGAAGAUGACCAAAGAGGGCCUCGCUCAGACGACCAGUGACAUUACGGAGAAUCUUAUGAGCAUCAGCCGGAUGAUGGCACAGCAAGUUCAACAGAGUGAGGAGACCAUGACGUCUCUAGCAACCUCCUCCAGGACAAUCCAAGAGACCAACGAUGAAUUUAAGACCAUGACGGGGACCAUCCAGCUCGGGAGGAAACUCAUCACCAAAUACAACCGCCGAGAGCUCACUGAUAAACUGCUCAUCUUCCUGGCACUCGCCCUCUUCCUCGCCACAGUUCUCUACAUCCUUAAGAAGAGGUUGUUCCCCUUCCUGUAGACCAGGUACCCGUUUUUGAGGGGCUCUCCCAUGACCACAUACAGUACCUUCCACGGUCAGCGCAAAUGAUUUAAACAACCCCGAAUGCUGCGUGUCAUAUUACACACACACACACACAUUACACAAGAGUUUCUGCUCAGCGGAAUUUGGACCGCUCACUCUGCUGAACUGUGACGCUGCUGAGGGUGAAAUAUUGUGCACAAAGAGGAGGAUAAACCUAAUAGUUCCAGAUAUUGUUUAAUUUAUUGAAAAGAUUCAUUACAAAGAGAAUAAUUCAUUCUUGUAGAAAAGAGGAUGCACGUGUUGGUUGCACGUGUGUUAGUUAGUGUGACAGUAAUGCUGUGCAUUGCUUUUAAUGAUGACCAGUUUUGAGAAGAGAUGGAUGACCCAAACCCCCAUUAAUCUUUUCUUUUAUACAUUCCUGUGGAAGAUAUCCAGUUACAGUUUUCAUAUAUAUAAAUAUAUAUACAUUCCCAGAGAUACAUAAGAAUGCCUAAAGAAAAUAGUGUAUAUGGUCAGAUUAGUAAAUUGUGAUUAUCACAAAACAAGUGCACUUCUCGUGUCAGUUCAACAAGCUUUUAUUGGCAUGGAUGUCAUCAAAACAAUUUUGUAAUAAUAUUAAUUACUAUUGUUAAAUAGUAAUAUUAAAUGCCACACAUUUAAGGACACAUAUUUUGGGAACAAUAUUAGGACUUAAAAAACAAACGUGUCUGUGUAACAUAAAGGUCAGCAACCUUUACUAUCAAAAGAGACAAUUUUCGCCCCCCCCAAAAAAUCUGUCAGGUGCUGCAAAACAUAUUUGAGGUUUCUAAUGAUAUUUUACAGAUCUAGGAUAGUGGUAAUCCAUAGCUAGACUCGAUAGGGAGACGAGAUUAGAAGAUUAGGUGCCACCGCUAUCGAGGUUCAGUAAAAUACAGAGGAACGGGAUCAGGUCAGGACGUAUGAGGCACAUUUUAGUUAACAAAUUACAGUUGGAAAAUCACAUUGAAACACUUAAAAGUGUUAAAAAAACAACAGUUUAAUUUCCAUGUAUUUUUUUGUUAAAGCCACAGGGAGGGACUAAAGAGCCACAGGUUGCUUAUCCCUGGCGUAACAGAAAGGGGACUUCUUCAUAUAUUUCUCGCUAACUGGUGUUUUAACCACGACCUGAAAUCAGAAACUAACGUACAAGUGUUUUGUGUAAUUGUUAUUUAUAGCAUUGUACUGUAUAACCACUGUAAGGUAUAAUUUAUUAUUACAGCAUUAUUAUGACUUCAUGCUUUGGCGGGAUAGAAUAUUGAAAUGGCUUUUUAACUUUUGACUUGAUUGGAGCCCAACUGCAAUCACUCAAUCUGUGUUUCACUAGCUGGCUGAUCAGAACAGUGCUUGUACGUGUAUAUGUGCACUUCAGAUUGUCCCUAUGUGUUAUUCAGUUCACGUGCAAACCCAAAAAAUAAAUACAUUUCAAAGAAAGAGUGUGCACACUUCCCUCCAUCUCUGCCCGUGUGAGCUUGGCUCUGGUCUGCAGCGGAGCAGAAAAGCUCAGAAAAGCAGUGGCAGUGAUCACACUGGCAGAGAUAGAGCAGCAUGCAUCCCUGCCUUUCUUCAGAUAAGACCCGGAAAAGCAGAUUAUUCCGACCCGUUUCCCCUCUCCCUUUCCAAUGUGGGUGGAUAUUUUUAGGUUUGUGUGGCGCUGCUAUCUGACGUUGCCUUUUCAACACCUCGGAGGAGAGGGUGGCCAGAGGGGCUACAUGACCUUGCUACCCUUUCUGCAAUUGCAUGGCAUUGCCAUUUUGUUUCAAUAUUUGUAAAUGUUUGUCAGUAUUAAUGAUCAAUAAAUACAAAGUCUUCUGGCUCGAUGUUUGA